UGUUGUUUGGAGCUCUGGGGGCGUUUCGCGUUAUUUUUGCAGACGCGGUUUUCGUAUUCAUUGGGGACGAAGACGACACCUCUCUUCUACACAUAAUCAAGCGCCAGUCAACAUUCAGUUCUUCCUCCGAACUCUGUUUUAUCUUUCUUUAUCUUCUUUGAUCGAUUUCUUUUCUUGUUUUUUCUUACCCAUUUCCCCUUUUGAUUCUUGACUCUAGCAGUUCUUAUCUAUUGAUCAAGAUCCCGCGUUCUCCCGCGUUUAAUCCAGUUUUCAGCUUCUUCUUUGUCGAUAAUCCAUUUUGAACACUUUCUGCGGUCGUCCUCUUCCAAUCUUUCCAGGCUCUUCUCAUUGAUCAUGGACUAUGAAGCCUGCGACAGUAGCGGUACUGAUGAUGAUCGUCCAUCAUCACAUCAUAACAGAGUUUCUAGAGGAGGUCACAUAUCUGGAAGGGGGACGUCUGUUUUGAGUUCUUUUCCAUAUUCUAGAGUGCAUGAUAUGGAGACCCGGAUUCAUCAUCUCGAAAAAGAAGCUUACAGCUCUGUACUGCGUGCGUUAAAAGCCCAAGGGGAUGCCAUUACCUGGGAUAAAGAAAGCUUGCUAACAGAGCUUAGGAAAGAAUUGAGAGUAUCAGAUGAUGAACACAGAGAGUUGAUCGCUAGCGUUAAUUCCGAUGAUAUCAUCCGUGAGAUUAGGGAGUGGAGACAGGCAGGUGGGCACCAAAUCGUGAGUCGCAUUUCGUCCCUGCCAGUUCAUGAUGUUGUUCCUAGUCCAACUGUUUCGGCAUCCCGUAAGAAGCAGAAAACAAGUAAAUUGUACUCUUCUUCGGUUCCUGCUGGAAGCAGACAGUUAAAUAAUCGUAGUUCUUCUGGGGCUUUUCUGGCAAACGGAUCUGCUGAAGCUCCAACAUAUGAUGAGACUUUCAUUGGAAGGAAAGUGUGGACCAGGUGGCCCGACGACAACAACUUCUACGAGGCUGUCAUAAGAAAUUACGAUCCUGUUAAGGCAUGUCUUAGUCGCAAAAAAUUGCUUCAAGCGUUUUUGAACCAUUUCGGGAACAAUAUUUUCUUAUGCCUUUUUCUUCAGGACAAGCAUGUCUUGGUUUAUGAUGCAAACACAUCACGAGAGACGUGGGAAUGCGUUGAUAUUAAAGAGAUCCCGCCCGAGGAUAUUCAAUGGGAUAGGGAGGAUCUAAGAAUGACUCAUCGAGGAGGCCAUAGUGGCCGUGUGUUUAGAAGAACGCAAAGCUCGGGUGGUUUUGCUCCUGGUGCUGGCAGGGGGAGAGGACGCUCAAUGAGCCAAUCCAGAAAGGAAAUUUCUGCAUCACAAAAUAGUGUUGGAAGGAAAGUGGUGGAUGAUAUUGAAUUACUUAAUACAGAGGUAUUAGUAAAGGAGGUCGAGAAAGUUUUCAACUCAAGUAAUCCCGAUCCCGUGGAGCUCGAAAAGGCAAAGAAAGUGCUUAAAGAUCAAGAGAUGGCACUUGUGGAUGCAAUUUCUAGACUGGCUUAUACAUCUGAUGGUGAAAGUGAAAGGGAAGCAGCCAAACGUGCAUGAUCAAUUAGUUGACAAAAACAACGAUACUUGAGCUACCAAGUGCCAGUGCCAAAUCUGUA